AUGAGAAGACUAGCACUCGUUUCCAUGGCUAUGGGCGCCGCGUUGGCGGCCUGGACGAUGGUCGGCGCGGCGCAGGCUGCCGACCCGAUGUGCGAACCCGACGAGGUCGCAGAGAAGUAUCCCGAUAUCGCGGGCAAGACCUUGAAGAUCGGCGCGGAUCCGCAGACCCCGCCUUACGUGUUCCGCGAUGGCGAAAUUUCGACAACGUGA